AUGGGAUUGUUACAAAUAAUAGGUCUUGCCUCUUUACUCCAUGCUGGUUAUUCAUCUUAUGAGUUCACACAUUUACAAAAAUCACAUUCUAUAGAUCUACCCUUCCCAAAAGAUAUAACUUUAGAAGUUAUAAUAUCAUUAUUGAUCUUAACAUUUGAUCUAUUCUUCCAAUCAACACCAUCUAAAUUAUCAUUGAUUAACAAUGAUGUUAUCAAAUCAGAAUAUAGAUUAAAACCAAUCUUGAUGAAAGAUGCUGUGGUGGAAGAUGAAAAAUUAGGCGCUGGUCCUUUCAAAUUUAUUGAAUCAAGAACAAAUUUCAUUGAUAUUAAUGCUAAAAGAAGAGAGUUUGCUGAAUGGGCUGGUGAUCAAGGUGAUAAUGAAGAUAAAAAGGAGGAGUUAAAGAAGGAAUUAGAUGAUUUGACAGGUGAAAAUAAGAAGACUAAUAAUGUUAAACCUGUUGAGUCAAAACCUGAAUCAAAGGAGGAAACCAAAGUUGAUGUUUCAAAAGAAGAACCACCUGUUAUUGAGACAGAGCAACCUGCUGAAACAAUUAAAGAACAACCAAAGUCCACUAAUAAGAAAAAUGGUAAAAAGAACAACAAAAAAUCUAAAAAAGUAUGA